AUUCAUGACUGACAUUCUCAAACUUGUCCAAAUCCAAUCAAUUUCCAUUUGGUCACGUAACUAACCACUUUCAUAACUCGUAAUGAACCCUAGCUGCUGCUACUCCUAUUAAUGGCACAAUUCCUCUUCUGAAAAAAACAAGAAAGUAUGUACAUGUAUUUCAUAUACUUUGUUUCAACACUUCUCAUAAACAGAAUUUGAAACUUAAUUUUGCAUUCGCCCAAUUUCAUCACCAAUUGCAGUAUCCCAGAGGCAAAAUCAUGAAUUACUUCAGGGCAUUCUUGAACAGUCCUGUUGGCCCUAAAACAACUCACUUUUGGGGUCCUAUGGCCAACUGGGGAUUUGUCAUUUCUGGAGUGAUGGAUUCACAGAAGCCUCCAGAUGCAAUAUCUGGCAACAUGACUUCAGUGUUAUGUGUAUAUUCAAUAUUGUGUAUGAGAUUUGCAUGGAUGGUCCGUCCUCGCAAUUAUCUUCUUCUUGCUUGCCAUGCUUCAAAUGAGUCAGUGCAGCUCUAUCAAUUCUCACGUUGGAUAAAGCAUCAACGGUACUUGUCUCAGAAGGAAGAGAACAUUUCUUCAUGACUUAAAGUUCAGUUCUUUUCAUCAUCCAACAAUUCGACAACCAAAAAAGAAAGAAGAACAAAAAAAGUUGUAUCGUACUACAAAAGAGUUGGUUAUCCGUGAGGCAUCGAUUGUACAAGAGUGUCAAAUGGAUAGAAUGAGGCAAAGAGGCUGACUGAUGAUAGCUCCAGUGUGUCUCCUAUCUAAAUAUGGAGCACCAGGAUAUUGAGAAUUGAAGGAAAAUCACAUUGUUCUUGAAUUAACAGUUUAACUAUGAUUAGCAUGAGAUAAACCUUUAUGUUACAAUUUGCUACUAUCAUUCUUCAAUGGCACAUGCCCCUUAUCAUCUUGCUUUCUGGA